AUGCAUCUGUGGCAGGCCACUGUUCCUUUCUGCCUUCUGGCCGCGGCUUCCUUGCCUGGCGCCACAGCCACAGCUUGGGGCUUUACUGAUGCCACCGUGGCCGUUCAACCUAAGGGUGCUGGUGUGAAUGGAGGGUUCAAGGAACAAUUCGUUGCAUCUAAGCCGCUCUCCCGUCCAGUCUCCCUUGCCGGCGCCGAUACCCUACGCGUCACCUUGACAGCUCAGGAAGGAAGCUCCGCAAAGCGGCCAGAUCAGGCUUUCCUCCUGCUGAAGGAUGCCCAGACUGGAUUGGAUAUUUCUUACCCUUUCAACGCCAAAGAAAAUGGCAAAUCAAGAGUCGAAUUGACUCAGAAAGACCUCCCAAUUCAAUUCCUCUCCUUGUCCGACCCCGUUGAUGCGCGUAUCAUUAUUGGUGGAUUUGGUGGCUCUGCUGCAUACGACAGUUCUGCCUUCCAAUUGUCGAUUGACCGUAACCCCAACGAGCCCGUGCCAACCGUCGAGACUCAGCGAUACGGCAAGAAGCCCGAGAUCCACCACAUUUUCAAGGAGUCUGCGUCUAACCCGCCGUUUAUCAUUACUCUGGCAUUUGUUGCCAUGGUUGGCGCUGCUAUUCCCGCCCUUGCUGGCUUGUGGUUCUUCCUCGGUGCCAACAUUAACCACCUACCCUCCGCCCUUAAAUCUGCCCCUCUUCCUCACGCCGUCUUCCUCGGAUCGUUGGUUGCGUUUGAGGGAAUAUUCUUCCUCUACUAUACUUGUUGGAACCUGUUCCAGGUCCUCCCGGCGGUGGCAGUUGUCGGCGUGGUCGCGUUCAUCAGUGGCAGUCGUGCUCUAGGUGAAGUGCAGGGCCGACGCCUUGCUGGCCUCCGGUAA